AUGAAACCCAGCGUAAUAUUCAAUAUCCCCAAUUCUCUUGGAUACCUCAGGAUUUGCCUCUUGAUCCUGUCCACCUUUGUGUCUGGCUCCACAUUUGUUGUCCUAUAUGGCCUGUCAUCUUCCCUUGACUUCUUUGAUGGGCACUUUGCAAGGAUGCUCAACCAAUGCUCGCUACUGGGCUCGUGUCUCGACAUGAUAACCGACCUGACCUCCAGGGUUGUGAUCCUGCUUCGCAUUGUCCAGAGGAGAUCUGAGUGCCUACAGCUUCUGACAAUAUACAUGGUGUUUGAUCUCAUCUCCCACUUCACAUACUUUCACAUGGCAGCGUUAGUUGGGAGACACCACAAAAGAACAGAUAACAGGUUCUUGAGGAUUUACUAUGACAAGCGAGUUCUUGGCCCGAUAUGCUUGCUGAGCGAGAUGUUCUUUAUGUAUAUGUAUCAUUCUAGCAGUAGAGGCCCACUUCUGUAUGUUCUUGCAAGCAUUACUGUUGUCAAGACGGGAUUCCAUCUGAUCCAGCUUGUGGAGGCCAUUUCAGGCAUCAGUAACAUCCACUACUGUACAAAACAUGAUGUCCAGGAAGUUGAUUAA